CUUUCUUUCUACUUGUUUUUUCAUAAAUCAACCAAAUCACCAACAUUAUCUUUCUCUAACCAUGGAUCAAGACAAUUGCUUUCAGUCAACAUUCGAUUUUAUCUCCUUGACAUCCGAAGACACUUACAUGUAUUCUGAUGAGAAAUACACAAUGUGGCUAGACGAUUCUGAAUGCCAGGAGAAUCUGUUUGAUAUCAUGCUCUUGACUCCUGAAGAAUCAUUUGUCGAAGAUAAUCACAUCAAGACGCACAUCAGGCUGUUUUUUGAAGAACUUGGAUAUCUCACAGAAGAGCCAGAACCCAUUGAUCCUACACGAGACUACGAAGCUGAAGCAAAAAUAUUGUUUGCCUCUCGCAACCUGAAAACCCGCCAGAAACACAUCUGCCUCUCAGAUCUACCUUCUCUAGACCACUUCCCAUCAUCGUCCUCAUCGUCCUCAAUACCCGCUCAGUCCAUACAGCAAGACUUUUCUUCACACACCCCAAUUCCACUCCAUUAUACCCAUACAGACAAUUCCAGUCAUGUCAACACCGCGCACUUUUCACCAUAGCAAUACCAAUAAUAAUGAUAGUAAUAUUAGCUCCAAUACCAAUAAUUCUUACAUAAUUUCUAGAUUGAAAAAACAACAACUUGUUCCCUUUUUUUGAUAUGUACAUAUUUAUAUAUAUAUUCAUAUAAACACUCUCACAAUCUAUCUUUAUCCGAUUGGUCUGAUUAUGUGGUAUUUAAAUGUAAAGCACAACUCCAAAUAAAGACACAUACACAACUUGC